GAAAAGUAAGGAAUUUAAGAACAAUAAUAUUCGAGAACGGAGUGUUGAUUGGUUGGCAUCAUUCACGUGACACCCCUUAGGACACUCACCUUAUUAGUCAUCCCCGAGAGAGCUGAUUGGCUACCGUUUAAAUGGAGCUAAUUGAUUUGCCGAGAAAUAACCGACCCGAACUCCGUGUCAAUUCUUUCGUCCAAUCUUCUGAACUCCUUUGUAAUCCUACCUAGAACAUUAUUUAAUUGCUAUGGACCGUGAUGAGCCGGAGUGCAAACGUUUUCGUAACCCUUAUCCGGACGCAUCACAUAACGAGCCGAAAAAAGCUCGCGCGUGUCAAGAAAGCCGCUGCGUUAUACGAUUUACAGGUACUUGUUAGAAGCGGCGGUUCGCCGGGUAUCAUGUACGCCGAAGGUCCUGAUGAAGCUACUGUCGGCAACUGGGUCAACGGCGUUCAGGCUUUGAGGUAUAAAGACUUCCAAUGCGUACAGAAACCGGCUGCUAGUCUCGUCCGGGCGACUGGUCCUGUAAGUGAUACCGGCUUUGAAGAAGUCACUUCCGUAUCCGAAUUCGGCGAAAGGAUGGAGAAACGGGGUCUGGGCAGCUGGUGGAAAAUUGGGAUGGGCUAUGCGCAGGGGUAGACGCUGUUUAAGCCUACAUCACGGAUUUGGAUUGAUAUGGCUUAGCUAUUCUCAUCACUGCUCGCAUUCAGCAGCUGUGAGUUUAGCUGACAAACGCGCAGUUAAUCUCACAUAU